AUGGUUUUCGGUUUGAUUGCCGCUGGUGCAGCUGCUGCUGGUGCCCUUGGUCUUGCAAGUAGACAUAGAAAAGAUUCAGCAUGUGACAAAAAAGGCGAACGAGACUAUGAAGAAGAACGAGUGGUUGAAUAUCAUAGUGAACACGGACAUUAUAAUUAUAAUUACAAUUGCAAUUAUUACCCUCCACCAAUGCAAUAUAGUUAUUAUGGAUAUUCUUAUGCUUAUCCUCGUUAA